AUGUCGUUAUCUGAUGAUGAAGAAGCUCUCUUUGAUGAUAUCUAUGGAGAUGAAGAUCAACCAAAAGAUGAAGUAAAGAAAGAAGAAGAAACUAAAGAAUCCGAAGCUGAUGUUAAAAAAGAUGAUGAUAAAGAAGACGAAAAUAAAGAUGAAUCUAAAGAGGAAUCUAAAGAUGCUACUAAAGAAAAUACACCUUCAACUGAUACUAAAAAAGAUGAUGAAGAAAAUUCGACUUCUAACGCACCUACAACAACAACUUCUAAUCAAGAAACUUCAGUUCCAUCAACAAGUGAAUCCAUUAAUGAAUCUAAAACUGAAUCCAACAUUUCUAGUAAUCCAAAUCCUUCAAGUCAACAUAAAGUUGAUUUAAGUCGUGAUGCUGCUAAAAUGUUUAUUGGUGGGUUAGAUUGGGAUACAAGUGAAGAAAGAUUAAAAGAAUAUUUCAGUAAAUUUGGUGAAGUUAUUGAUCAUACAAUCAUGAGAGAAUCAAGUACAGGACGUUCAAGAGGGUUUGGAUUUUUAACAUUUGCAGAACCAAGAUCUGUUGAUGAAGUUGUUAAAACUGAACAUGUUUUAGAUGGUAAAGUUAUUGAUCCAAAAAGAGCUAUUCCAAGAGAUGAACAAGAUAAAACUGGUAAAAUCUUUGUUGGUGGUAUUGCACCAGAAGUUCGUCCAAAAGAAUUUGAAAACUUUUUCGGUAAAUUUGGUACAAUUAUUGAUGCUCAAUUAAUGUUGGAUAAAGAUACUGGACGUUCAAGAGGGUUUGGUUUUGUUACAUUUGAUGCACCAGAUGCAGUUGAUAGAGUUUGUCAAGGUAGAUAUUUAGAUUUUAAUGGUCGUCAAAUUGAAGUUAAAAGAGCUGAACCAAGAGGUCCUCAACAACAACAAAAUCAUAUUCAACAACAACAACAAAGAUAUUUACAACAACAAGGUUUCGGAGGUGCAGGAUACCAACAACACGGAGGUGCAGGAUUCCCAAAUGCUAAUCCUUAUGGUGCUGGUGCAGCAGCUGCUGUUCCAGGUGCUCAGCCAGGUAUGCCAGCAGGUGGAGCAGCUUAUGGAGGAGUUACACCAGAAGCAAUGACACAAUAUUGGCAACAAAUGCAAGCAUAUUGGUUACAAUUUCAACAACAAGCUCAACAAAGUGGUUCAAAUAUUUCACAACAAGAUUUACAAGCUUUAGCUUCACAAUUACAACAACAACAAGGUGGUGGACAAAUUCCACAAAUUCCUCAAUCAUCUUCAUCAAAUGAUGAUGGAUUACCAAAUUCAGUACCACCCCCACCACCUUCAGAUUCUUAUAAUGAUGGAGGUUAUGGUAAUUAUAGAAGAAGAGGUGGUCCACCAAAUGCACCAAGAGGUCCAAGAGGUAGAGGUAGAGGAAGAGGUGGUUAUAAUAGAAAUAAUGGCGGUGGUUAUCAUCCAUAUCAACGUAAUUAA